AUGGGUGUUUUGGGGGAGAUAUCCGGGAAAUUUGAGCAAAAUUUGGACUUGAUACGGAAAUGUUUCCGAGAGGCUUUGACUGGAUUGGAAGCUAGAGAAAAUCAUCUAAAUGGAGUACAAGGAUCUCUUUCUGAAAGUUCUAGAGAACUUGGUCUAAUGCUAGAGGCCAUUGAAGCUCAGGCGAAGGAAUUUGAGGAGAAGGAGAGAGAGUGUCGUUUGAUUUUGGAACAAGGGUGGAGUUUGAUUAGAGAUGAUAUUAGAGUUAGGGAAGUGAAAUUGAAGAGGCAGGUAGCGGAUCGUUGGAGAGAGCUCGAGUUGGUUGAGAAACAGAUUGAGAGUAGAGAAAAUGAGCUUGUUAAGAAAGAGGAAAAGUUCAAGAGUUUAGAGGAGGAGAUUGAGGUGAGGGAAAAGGUCUUGGGUUCAAAACAGGGGAUGCUUGAACCUAGAGAAAAUUCUGGUGAUUCGGGUCAUUCAGGUUCGGGAUGUGAUCUAAAUGAUUCCCAUUCAGUGUCAGAGUCUGAUUCAGGUUAUUCAGGUUCAGCACAUGAUCUUGGUGAGGCAGGUUUAGGCUUGGCCAAUUCAAAUUCAGAUACGUUCUCAGAUUCUUGUGAUUCUUCAGGUUUUGAAGGCUCAAGUCCUAUUUAUCAUUCAAACAAAUUGUUUAAUAACUUCAGAAGAACAUACACGUUAAGCAGGUUUCAUGUUGGUCAAAUUUGGGCUUGUUCUUAUCACAGUAGUAAUGAUAAGAUAAAAAAAUCAUAUGUUCGCGUUGCAAGGCUCCAGCCUGUGGCACAUUAUCCAGGUGCAGUGUUGUAUAGGAAGAACACCAAAAGUGUCAAGUCACCUGCCAUAACGCAGGGUUGGAAGGAGUGGAUAGAUGCGGGGUUACCAGUUGGUUGUGGUGGAUUUAUAUGUGGUAAACAAGAGGCCCUGUCAUUAUCUCGUUGUAACUUUUUUAAUCAAGUUUGCUACAAAGAUAAUUUUUCUUCUUGCAAUCUUGGUAGUCCUUACUUAAUACAUCCUCAAAAGGGAGAGACUUGGGCCCUCUAUAAGGAUUGGAAUAUUAGUUGCUGGGCUUCUAAUCCUCAAAAUCAUUUAUCUUGCCAGUAUGAGAUAAUUGAGAUUGUCCAGAGAAAUUCUUUUGACACUAGAGUUGCUUCCUUGGAUAAAUUGGAAGGAUAUGCAAGUUUAUAUCACAGAAGAAACCACAAUAAGAAGGAUACUUUUUUGAUACAUGAUGAAGAGCUCUUUAGGAUUUCCCACAAAAUACCUUCCUUUAGGAUGAGCGGCCAUGAGAGCAAAGGUGUACCAGAGUCGAUCUUUUGA